AUGCUAAACCAACGAAAAAGAAACUACGAAAGAGCUAAGAUUUCAAGAAGAAACCCAGAUAUAGGAGUAUUAUUAGUUCAAACAGAUUCUUCAGAAUUUCCCGAUGAUAGAAUAAAAAUCCGACGCUCCCAUCCUCGUCGUUCUAAAUCUCAAUAUCGUCUCCGGGAUAAAUUCUACGACAAGGGUGCAACUGACAGUUCAGCUGUUGAAGAGUCAGAGAGUCACGAGAGGAAUGCCGGCAAUCCUUACACUGUACACAAGAAUCAUUACAAACAAAACUGGAUGUGGAAUCAUGUAAUGACAGGAGAUCAUAUGAACGUAAAUCCCUACGCGCCACUGAUCAAUAACUAUGGACCUUCAGGAGCCGCUCUUAUAUUCGGUAGGAAAUGGUGGUAUUUUAACCAGCGCAGAACGUUUUUCAGUUACGAUCGAGGAGAAGUGACUAAUAUAGCUGGUGUGCCUCAUUCACCAAAACAUCUGCCUUUAGCGGAGCCCAUAAUACCUGGUCAUACUUUAAUCAGACCCGCGUUGGGAAUGCUAAAGUCUUCAUUGAAAUUCCCACAUAUGGACUUUGAAGAUGGGUCUGGUGUUUAUGGGAACACAGAUAAUAUUGGACUUCGGUACAAUGGUGCGAAUGAAAGAGUAAUGUAUACAAAUUUCCGAAGGCGGGCAUCUGAUUAUAUUAUGCAAUCUAAGGAUUUUUCAGGUUGUCCCAGAAAAGAAUACAGAAAAUCAAUUAAAGCCAAGGAAAAUAAAGACACAAUUAGGAAUUUCUUACAACAGCUGCAACAACUCAAUCUGCAAGGCAACAACAUACAGUCAAUACAAACUGAUCCACAGGACUACCAAAUACUCAGGUUACGACCUGUAAAGCCUAUUACAGAAAAUUUAAAUAAACUAAAAGAAGGUUUACGAGACUCGAGUGCAGCAGGUGAAUUUAACUCUGAAGAGGAUAAACCAGAAGACAAAGAAAUGUCAGAGAAUAAUGCAAUGAAACAGAAAUUUCCUGAACUGAUGAAGACAAUGAGGAACAGUAUGAUUCGAAUGCAAUUUGUAAACAUCAACAUCAUUGUCAUGUUCAUCAUCAGCCAUUGUCUGCUCACUUCUAGUAGGGCUUUGCCAAUGCCUUCCAGAGAAUGCUAUCCUGCGCCUUUAUCCUUAUAA